AUGAGCGCAGCAUUAGCCAACAUGUGCAAGGCUAUCAACAAUGCUAGCAGGGCAGGAAAGAGACAGCUUCUCCUGAGGUUUUCGACAGAGGAAAUGCGUAAAUUUCUUCUUCAGAUGCUGAAGUAUGGAUAUAUCUCAGGAUUUUCCUACAUACAUGAUAAAGGAAAUGGAAAGAGCAUCAUCGACCUGAACGGCAGACUUAACAGAUGUGGAGCCAUCUCCCCUAACUAUAUAGUUAAGAAAGACGGAAUUGAGAAUUUCAGAGCAAGGCUCUUGCCUGCUAGACAGUUCGGGCAUGUUCUGUUCAACACUUCAAAAGGCAUACUCGACCACAGAGAGUGCCUAGCAGAAAACGUUGGUGGGAAAAUUCUUGGAUACUUCUAUUAA